GGAACAGCUGACAAUGGAAAAAUUUCCAAUUCAGCUGUCUUGGUGAGCAAUCACACAAUUGUUACCCAGUUCUGCAAAGAUCACAACAUUGGACUUGUGUUAGUUGGAGAGGAAGCUCUGUUGGCAGCUGGGAUUGUGGAUGACUUGAGGGCGGCAGGAGUUCGGUGUUUUGGCCCGUCUGCCAAGGCAGCCCGGCUGGCAUCCAACACCAGCCUCACUAAAGCCUUUCUGGAUCGACACGGGAUCCCAACAGCACGAUGGAAAGCCUUCAGCAACGCCCAGGAAGCCUGUAGGUUUAUCACCAGCACGGACUUCCCUGCACGAGUGGUGCGGGCGAGGGGCCCUGCGGCCAGGAAGGAGGUGACCAUCACAGCCAGCAAGGAGGAGGCCUGCAGAGCUGCCCAGGAGAUCAUGCAGGACAGAAUGUUUGGAGAGAUGGUUGUUAUUGAAGAACUUCUUCAAGGGGAAGAACUUUCUUGCUCGUGUUUCACGGACGGUGUCACCAUCGCUCCCAUGCCCCCGGCCCAGGCCCACAAGCGGUUACUGGAUGGGGACCAGGGCCCCAACACUGGAGGGAUGGGAGCCUAUUGUCCAGUCCCUCAGGUUCCAGAAGUUCUUCUAGAGCAGAUCAGGGGUGCAAUCCUCCAGCAUGUUGUUGACAGUAUGAGACAAGAGGGAACAGCCUAUGUGGGUGUGCUGCAAACAAGUUUAAUGCUGACCAAAGAGGGGGUGAAGAUUUUAAACUUUAAGUGUCAGUUUGGGGAUCCCCAGUGCCAGGUAAUUCUUCCCCUGCUUAAAAAUGAUUUCUAUGAAGUGAUUCAGGCAACGAUUGAUGGCAAACUCUGCAGCUUCAUGCCAGCCUGGUCGGAGAGCAGCACGGCCGUGUGCGUGGUCAUGGCCAGCGCAGGAUACCCGGGGGACUGCGACAGAGGCAUGGAGGUGACAGGGCUGCUGCAGGCCAAGGCCUUGGGGCUGCAGGUGUUCCAUGGUGGCACAGCACUGAGGGAUGGCAGGGUGGUGACGAGUGGUGGCAGAGUGCUCUCCAUCACUGCGGUCCGGGAGGACCUGCUGGAAGCCCUGGCAGAAGCCAACAGGGGCGUGGCCACCAUCCACUUCCAGGGAGCCACGUACAGGAGGGACGUCGGCCAGCGGGGCCUGCGGCUGCUCCGACAGCCCCUGGCCCUGAUGUACAAAGAGAGACGUGUGGAAGCCGCAGCCAGGGACGUUCUGUGUCACCUGCCACAAGCAUCAGUUGUGAGUGGUACCAGGUCAGGCAGUCGCCCAGAACUGGGAGGCUUUGCUGGUUUCUUUGACUUGAAGACAUCUGGUUAUGAGGAUCCCAUCCUGGUGUGUCAAGCUAAAGGCCUUGGAGCUAAACUGCAGAUGGCACAAGCCUGCAGGAGACACACCACCCUCGGGCAGGACCUGGUGGCCCUGUGUGUCAAUGCCCUGCUGCCCCACGGAGCAGAGCCCCUCUUCUUCCUCAGUUAUUUUGCCUGUGGCAAACUUGAUGCUGAAGUGACUGAGACGAUCCAAGAAGGAAUGGCUGAAGCCUGCAGGAGUGCAGGAUGUGCUUUCCUGGGUAGGAACACUCCUCUCCUCUGGGAUUUGAACACUGAGGUUGAAAUUAUCACCAGAGAAACGGACUCUGGAGGCAGAGGUAGAGAGGCCCUGCUGAGCCCAGGCAGGCUGUACAGCCCAGCCCUGCUGCCCGUGCUGCGCUCGGGCCACGUGAAGGCCUUUGCCCCCAUUGCUGAGGAGGGGCUGCUGGGGGGCAUCUCCAGGGUCCUGCCGGAGCACGUCAGCGCCGUGCUGGACGCUCUCAGCUGGAAGAUCCCUGAAAUCUUCUGCUGGCUUUACAAGGAGGGGAACCUCUCUGCAGAGGAGAUGGCCCAGACCUUUCCCUGUGGGCUCGGGGCGGUGCUGGUGGUGCAGCAGGACCUGGCCCAGCACGUCCUGGGGGCCAUCCGGCGGCGGGAGGAAGCCUGGCUCAUCGGGAAGGUGGUUGCCCCGUGUCACACAGGUUCCCACAUCCAAGUGCAGAACCUGGUGGAGGCCCUGCAGCAGAGCAGCCCCCAGGGCCUGCUGGGUGACCCCACCAUGGAGCCUCGGCACCAGCCCAGGAGGAGAAAGGUGAAGGUGGCAGUUCUCGUCUCUGGAACAGGCACGACCCUCCCCGCGCUCAUCGCUUACACCAGGGAGCCAGGCAGCUGUGCCCAGGUCGUCCUUGUCAUCUCCAACAAGUCUGGUGUGGAAGAACUCCGGAAUGCAGCCCGGGCUGGAAUUCCCACCAGGGUGAUUGACCACAAGCUGUACGGGAGUCGCUCGGAGUUCGACAGCACGAUCGACCGAGUGCUGGGGGAGUUUGCUGUGGAGCUGGUCUGUCUGUCAGGGUUUAUGAGGGUUUUGUCCAGCCCUUUCCUCCGAAAAUGGAAAGGGAAAAUUUUGAAUGCUUCUCCCUCACUUUUUCCACUCAUCAAGGAUGGAAAUGCCCCUCAGGAGCCCCCACAAAGUGGAUUCAAGGUCACAGGCUGCACCGUGCAUUUUGUCCUGGAGGACUCCGGCCCCAGGGCCGUGAUCCACCGGGAGCCCAUCCCCGUGCGGGCGGAGGACACGGAGCAGGCGCUGGCGGAGCGGGUGAAGGAGGCCGAGUGCCGCGCCUUCCCCGUGGCCCUGCAGCUCGUGGCCAGCGGGGCCGUGAGCCUGGGAGCCGAUGGAAGAACCUCCUGGAAGCAGGAGAGCCAAAGUCUGGGGCUGCACGGGGAGAAGGGAGACUGCACAUCCUCCCUCGUGGCUCCGGAGCCUCCCGAACACGGUGGGGAGUAGGCGGGUAACGAGGGGCUCGUGUGUGCUCACCUUCCCUCCCCCUCCUCCUCCCGUGCUGCUCUCUGAUGUGCCCAUGGCUCAGGUUUCCACUCCCAGCCUUUUCCCUCAGCUCACAGCCUGAACCAUUCCAUGAUUCUCGGUGUGUCUGCCAGAAUUGUGACCUUCGUGCAAGUAACAAAUCAGGAAGAAAGCCAGAAAAGCCAAAACAGAAAUGAAGUAGCCAGAGAUGAAUUUUCCAGAGGAGGGAUCAACAAGAGCCAUUUGAUGCAGUGGGAAAAAUCUAUUCCUGUUCUGUGGUGUGUCCUGGAAGGGCCCUGCUGUGUCCGUGCUCUUGGGCUCUGUGGGAGCAGCAUCAGCCCCAGUUCCAAAGGCUGAAUUUUUCCCUUUUUUUAUUCUGUGUGGGGGCUUUACUGUGGCACGUGGGGUUUGAUACUCAGGGAGGGGAGGAGUUCAGUUCCCUCCUGUGAACUGCCAUUCCUGGACAGAGAUCUGGAUCUGUCCCUUGCACUGCAACGACGGGAGCAAGGAAGGUGCGUUUUUCAGGAGCUGGGAGAAAUGGGAAGAACUGCACCCAGGCAAGGUUAUGGAAUAUUUGGUAUAGAAAACUUCUGUGAUCAAAGCACUGCUUGGUUUGUGUUUGGUCUGUUGUAACUGUGGAGUAGCUUCCUGCUGUACUUCAUUGGAAUUGCA